AUGCCAAUGCCAGACCCGUCGCCAGCCUCUCAACCUGAAGCGCAGAUGCCAAUGCCAGACCCGUCGCCAGCCUCUCAACCUGAAGCGCAGUCGCCAAUGCCAGCCUCUCAACCUGAAGCGCAGUCGCCAAUGCCAGACCUGUCGCCAGCCUCUCAACCUGAAGCGCAGUCGCCAAUGCCAGACCCGUCACCAGCCUCUCAACCUGAAGCGCAGUUGCCAAUGCCAGACCCGUCGCCAGCCUCUCAACCUAAAGCGCAGUCGCCAAUGCCAGAACCGUCGCCAGCCUCUCAACCUGAAGCGCAGUCGCCAAUGCCAGAACCGUCGCCAGCCUCUCAACCUGAAGCGCAGUCGCCAAUGCCAGACCCGUCGCCAGCCUCUCAACCUGAAGCGCAGUCGCCAAUGCCAGAACCGUCGCCAGCCUCUCAACCUGAAGCGCAGUCGCCAAUGCCAGACCCGUUGCCAGCCUCUCAACCUGAAGCGCAGUCGCCAAUGCCAGACCCGUUGCCAGCCUCUCGACCUGAAGCGCAGUCGCCAAUGCCAGACCCGUCGCCAGCCUAUCAACCUGAAGCGCAGUCGCCAAUGCCAGACCCGUCGCCAGCCUCUCAACCUGAAGCGCAGUCGCCAAUGCCAGACCCGUCGCCAGCCUCUCAACCUGACAUUGACAUCAAUGAAGACAUUGGAUAUGAUGGAUAUUCAUCAAAAAGACCAUGUCCAAUAGAGGAUUGUGAGGCAUCAGUCACCCUUGCAGACCAUGGCUAUGCUUUACGGCCGUGUCAAACAAAGAAAUUAAGGAAAUCGUUUAUCUAUCCCUCCUUGGUACCGAAUAUCAGAAAACGAUUCUGUGUGUGUCAGCAAUUCAAUGAUGCAUUCAGUACCAGCCAAGUACUUGAGAUGCUGAUAGAUGCUGAUUCUGAUGAUGACGAUUUGGAUCUUGGUGAAUCAGAUGAUGAUGAUAACGUUCCUCUGGAUGAUGAAGUGUGUGUAGAUUCUAGCUUGUAA